ACAACCUCCAAACUACUUUGUGCAACAAGAUCCAUGCAAACCUUUUGUAACUACUAAUCAAUAAAAGUUUGUUCUUUCGUUUUCUGUUUUUGGUGGGACUCUUUGGAAAGAGUUUGGACUGCGGGACCACCAGGAGACCACCAGCGGGACUUCUCUGCUGCAGGCAAGGACCAUGCUGACUGUGCACAACGUCCUGCUUCUGCUCUUCUUCUUGCUCAGCCUGGCCUGCUCCCUCAACCCCAGAGACCCCAAUGUGUGCAGCCUGUGGGAGAGCUUCACCACCUCAGUCAAGGAGUCGUACUCGCAUCCUUACGACCAUGUGACCGAGGAGCCCUGCUCGGACCCUGGGACCAACUACAGAUGCCCGCGUCACAGGAUCACCUACAAGAGCGCAUACAGGCAGGCGGUGAAGACCGACUACCGCAAGCGCUACCAGUGCUGCCCGGGCUACUACGAGAGCGCCAACACAUGUGUUGCUCGCUGCACCAAGGAGUGCGUCCACGGCCGCUGCGUGGCUCCAGACCGAUGUCAGUGCGAGGGAGGCUGGCGAGGCCACGACUGUUCAAGCGCCUGUGGCGACAAGCAGUGGGGUCCACGCUGCGGUCAGCAGUGCAAGUGCAAGAACGGCGCCCUGUGCGAUCCGGGCAAGGGGGCGUGUCAGUGCCCGCCGGGCUACAUCGGACGCUACUGCGAGGAAGCCUGUCCCGCCGGCACCUUCGGCAAGAACUGUGUGCAGAAGUGCAAGUGUGGGACGGGAGGAAGGUGCGAUAAAGCCAGCGGGGAGUGCUCGUGCCGCGACACUUUCACCGGCACCUUUUGUGAGAAGGUGUGCUCCAGGAAGUGUCCAGCGCGAUGUCCCUGUCAGCAUGGAGGCAUCUGCAGGGGCAAAGGGGUGUGUGCAUGUCCUCCUGGAUGGACGGGUUCCGUCUGCACGGAGUUUUGUCCUGAGGGACGCUACGGAGCCAACUGUGCCCAGGAAUGUGUCUGCCACAAUGGAGGCAAAUGUCACCCUGAGACUGGACACUGCAAAUGUGCCAAAGGUUUUACUGGGAACAGGUGCAGCGAGGAGUGUGCGGUGGGCAGGUACGGCCAGGACUGCCAGGGCGUGUGCGACUGUGCUAACGGCGCUCGCUGCUACAACAUCGACGGAGGCUGCCUGUGCGAGCCCGGCUUCAGCGGCCCCAACUGCCAGGACAGGAUGUGCACUCACGGCAAAUACGGCAUGCACUGUGAGCGCACCUGUCUCUGCCAGGACCAGCACACACUCAGGACCAUGCUGACUGUGCACAACGUCCUGCUUCUGCUCUUCUUCUUGCUAAGCCUGGCCUGCUCCCUCAACCCCAGAGACCCCAAUGUGUGCAGCCUGUGGGAGAGCUUCACCACCUCAGUCAAGGAGUCGUACUCGCAUCCUUACGACCAUGUGACCGAGGAGCCCUGCUCGGACCCUGGGACCAACUACAGAUGCCCGCGUCACAGGAUCACCUACAAGAGCGCAUACAGGCAGGCGGUGAAGACCGACUACCGCAAGCGCUACCAGUGCUGCCCGGGCUACUACGAGAGCGCCAACACAUGUGUUGCUCGCUGCACCAAGGAGUGCGUCCACGGCCGCUGCGUGGCUCCAGACCGAUGUCAGUGCGAGGGAGGCUGGCGAGGCCACGACUGUUCAAGCGCCUGUGGCGACAAGCAGUGGGGUCCACGCUGCGGUCAGCAGUGCAAGUGCAAGAACGGCGCCCUGUGCGAUCCGGGCAAGGGGGCGUGUCAGUGCCCGCCGGGCUACAUCGGACGCUACUGCGAGGAAGCCUGUCCCGCCGGCACCUUCGGCAAGAACUGUGUGCAGAAGUGCAAGUGUGGGACGGGAGGAAGGUGCGAUAAAGCCAGCGGGGAGUGCUCGUGCCGCGACACUUUCACCGGCACCUUUUGUGAGAAGGUGUGCUCCAGGAAGUGUCCAGCGCGAUGUCCCUGUCAGCAUGGAGGCAUCUGCAGGGGCAAAGGGGUGUGUGCAUGUCCUCCUGGAUGGACGGGUUCCGUCUGCACGGAGUUUUGUCCUGAGGGACGCUACGGAGCCAACUGUGCCCAGGAAUGUGUCUGCCACAAUGGAGGAAAAUGUCACCCUGAGACUGGACACUGCAAAUGUGCCAAAGGUUUUACUGGGAACAGGUGCAGCGAGGAGUGUGCGGUGGGCAGGUACGGCCAGGACUGCCAGGGCGUGUGCGACUGUGCUAACGGCGCUCGCUGCUACAACAUCGACGGAGGCUGCCUGUGCGAGCCCGGCUUCAGCGGCCCCAACUGCCAGGACAGGAUGUGCACUCACGGCAAAUACGGCAUGCACUGCGAGCGCACCUGUCUCUGCCAGGACCAGCACACACUCAGCUGCCACCCGAUGAAAGGCGAGUGCACGUGCCAAGCAGGCUGGGCGGGGCUAUACUGCAACGAAACCUGCGCCCACGGUUUCUAUGGCAACGGCUGCCAAGAGCCUUGCCUGUGUGUCAAUGGCGGCGUGUGCGAUGGCGCCAGCGGACGAUGCCAGUGUACACCUGGAUAUAUGGAUGUUCACUGCCAGACUUCUUGUAAAAGUGGCACCUUCGGCAAAAACUGCUCUCUGGAAUGUUCCUGUAAGAACUUUGUGGACUGCUCACCCAUUGAUGGGGCGUGUUUCUGCAAAGAAGGCUGGCGAGGACCAGACUGCUCGCUCCCCUGCUCGGAGGGCACAUGGGGCCCCGGCUGCAACGCCACCUGUCAGUGUGCCAACGGGGCCAAAUGCAGGCCGACGGAUGGAUGGUGCACCUGCACAGCCGGCUGGCAGGGGGCGCACUGCGAGCAGUCAUGCCCGGUGGGUUGGUUUGGGCCCGGCUGCCUGAAGAGGUGCGACUGUGUCCACGCCGACGCUUGCCAAGCCACCACGGGGAAGUGCCAGUGCCUGCCAGGCUGGUGGGGCCCGCGCUGCAGUCAGCCAUGCUCAGAGGGCCUGUGGGGGCGCCACUGCAACCACACCUGUUCCAAGCACUGUCCCAACAGCGACAGGUGUGUGCGGGAAACAGGAGCGUGCGUGUGCGGUCCAGGCUACUGGGGGGUCAGCUGUCAGAACAAGUGCAGAGCCGGCACGUACGGCCAGCAGUGCAGCUCGUCCUGCCCGUCCUGCGGUGGGUCCUACCGCUGCCACCAUGUGAGCGGAGAGUGCGACUGCCUUGCCGGGUACACGGGCCACGACUGCCAUCAAGUUUGUCCACCUGGCUACUACGGCAAGCAGUGUUCCCAGGUGUGCCCGCGCUGCGCCAACAACGCCACCACGUGCCACCACACAGACGGGCAGUGCCAGUGUCUGCCUGGCUGGACGGCCCCCGACUGCUCCAUACCUUGCAGUCCAGGGCGCUUUGGCACCUUCUGUUCUCAGACCUGCUCCUGUGCCGCCAACUUCCUGUGCCACCAGGUCACGGGGGACUGUCAACAAGACCCUCCAGAGCCAGGCAGCGUUAUGGUUCCUCUCCCUCCCGGCGAGAGGGAGUCGUGGGCGGCCAUCAGCGGCGUGGUGGCGCUGGUCAUCCUGGUGGUUCUGCUGCUGGUUCUGCUGCUGCUCUACCGGCGCCAGCAGAAGGUCAAGCAGAACAACACGCCCACCGUCUCCUUCUCUGCCAGCCGCACCGUCAACUCAGAAUACGCCGUUCCAGAUGUUCCACACAGCUACCAUCACUACUACUCCAACCCCAGCUACCACACGCUGAGGGACAACCGGCCGCCGCUGCCUCACCUGCCCAACAACCAUGAUCGCACCAUCAAGAACACCAACGAGCAGCUGUUGUGCAGCGUGAAGAACAUGCAGCGAGAUGGCCACGCCCUCUUCAACGCCACGCUGCCUGCAGACUGGAAACACCAGCAGGAUCGCAAAGAACCAGGAGUGUUUGGAAUGGAUCGCAGCUACAGCUACAGUGCCAGCCUUGGCAAAUAUUUCCACAAAGAACUGAAGGACGCGGCGAUGGCGAGCAGCAGCUCUCUGAACAGCGAGAAUCCUUACGCCACCAUCAAGGAGCUCCCAGAGAGCAGCUACAUGGAGAUGAAGGCGGCCGUGCCCAGAGAGCGAGCUUACACCGACAUCAGCCCAGCGCCUCUCUUCAACUCCACCUCCUUGCACAGAAUGCGGCAGAACUCUGUGGGCCACGCCCCCCUGGAGGACCCCCACAGUCACUACGACCUCCCCGUCAACAGCCACAUCCCCGGACACUACGACCUACCUCCCCUUCGCCGCCCCCCCUCCCCCAGGAGGACGCCUCAGUGAUGUCACGGCAGAACUCCAUACUGCCCCCAGGUGGAGGGCGGUAGGACUCCAUACUGCCCCCAGGUGGAGGGCGGUAGGACUCCACACUGCCCCCAAGUGGAGGGCCGUAGAACUCCAUACUGCCCCCAAGUGGAGGGCAGUAGAACUCCACACUGCCCCCAGGUGGAGGGCCAUAGAACUCCACACUGCCCCCAAGUGGAGGGCCGUAGAACUCCAUACUGCCCCCAAGUGGAGGGCAGUAGAACUCCAUACGUUGUGGGCAAGAAAAAGAGGCUUGAAAGGGAGGACAGCUGUAAUGUUUUCAUCCUCUUGAAAAAACAUGCUGAUUAGCGUUCAUGUUAGCACAUUUACUUUGAUUUCUCUUCAGCUUCCCAAAGACUUCCAAGUCUAAUGUAAAUGUGUAAUUAUGACUUUUUUUAACCAACGGUGGAUAUAUUUGUACAAGUACUUUGGAAAUCAUGCACUUUAGUUCAAAAACAAACCAAGACAGAACACAAGACAAUUAGUAACUAAUAUCAUAUCUGGCAGGGGCUGUUAUGUACUCAACUGCAGAGAAUGUCAGGCAUCUAUUAGGAGUUAGACGUUUUUAACCCCGCCUACAAUAAUCAUCACUACUUCUUGUCUCAACACUAGAGACCAAGGGUGUCUAAACUUCAUCCGCGAGGCCUGCAUACUGACGGCCAUUUUUAUAUUCUUAUAUUGUUUUAAUUGUGUAAAAAGGCUAAAAAAAAAGUUGUGUUUAAUUGUAUUCAUAUCAUGUAUAUUGUUUAAUUGUAUUCCUAUCAUGAAUAUUGUUUAAUUGUAUUCCUAUCAUGAAUAUUGUUUAAUUGUAUUCCUAUCAUGAAUAUUGUUUAAUUGUAUUCCUAUCAUGUAUAUUGUUUAAUUGUAUUCCUAUCAUGUAUAUUGGGACAAACAUUAGCCUGUGGGUCGCACGCUACACUCCCAAUUCAUCAGCUUGCUUUAGCAACUUUAUUUUCGCUAAAUUCAAUUUUCGCUCUUUUCCAGUAAAGACAAUUAUUUGAGGGCAGCACGGUGGAACAGGGGUUAGUGCCUCUGCCUCACAAUACGAAGGUCCUGAGUAGUCCUGAGUUCAAUCCCGGGCUCGGGAUCUUUCUGUGUGGAGUUUGCAUGUUCUCCCCGUGACUGCGUGGGUUCUACUCCGGCUUCCUCCCACCUCCAAAGAUAUGCACCUGGGGAUAGGCUCCUCCCACCUCCAAAGAUAUGCACCUGGGGAUAGACCCCUCCCACCUCCAAAGACAUGCACCUGGGGAUAGGCCCCUCCCACCUCCAAAGACAUGCACCUGGGGAUAGGCCCCUCCGACCUCCAAAGACAUGCACCUGGGGAUAGGCCCCUCCCACCUCCAAAGACAUGCACCUGGGGAUAGGCCCCUCCCACCUCCAAAGACAUGCACCUGGGGAUAGGCCCCUCCCACCUCCAAAGACAUGCACCUGGGGAUAGGCCCCUCCCACCUCCAAAGAUAUGCACCUGUGGAUAGGCCCCUCCCACCUCCAAAGACAUGCACCUGGGGAUAGGAUGAUUGGCAACACUAAAUGGUCCCUAGUGUGUGAAUGUGAGUGUUGUCUAUCUGUGUUGGCCCUGUGAUGAGGUGGUGACUUGUCCAGGGUGUACCCUGCCUUCCGCCCGAAUGCAGCUAAGAUAGGCUCCAGCACCCCCCGCGACCCCGAAAGGGACAAGCGGUAGAAAAUGGAUGGAUGGAUGGACAAUUAUUUGAGGAAAUACGGGAGAAAAAACACCGUCUGUCCAAUGAAUCCUUCACCUACUUGACUGUUGAUACGCCAAUCAAUGAAUCCUUCACCUACUUGGCUGUUGAUACGCCAAUCAAUGAAUCAAUGAUUCCUUCACCUACUUGGCUGUUGAUACGCCAAUCAAUGAAUCAAUGAAUCCUUCACCUACUUGGCUGUUGAUACGCCAAUCAAUGAAUCAAUGAUUCCUUCACCUACUUGGCUGUUGAUACGCCAAUCAAUGAAUCAA